ACUCAGCACUCAUCCAUCAUCAAAAGCCAACACUCUCUAACUGCAUCCUCCAAAUUCCACCACCAUGGAAUCCCAAACCCUACCGGAAAACCCACCACCACCACCAAUAGCCGUUGACUACAGCUCCAAUGUAGACACCUCCCGUGCUUUCAGUUCAGUGAAAGAAGCCGUGGCCAUCUUCGGAGAGAAGUUUCUCACCGGAGAAAUCUUCUUACCAUCUCCUAAACCUCCAUUCACCUUACCAAAACAAGAAACACCAUCAUGGAAAUCCACACAUAGCACUCAAACUUCAUGGAAAUCAUGCUCGUCGUCUUCCAGAGAAAUCGAAGAAGAGCCGCCGCCGCCGCCGCCGGUGCCAGUGCUUGUUACCUCCCUGAAAAAGCUUGAGUCGGAACUUGAAGAAACGAAGAAAGAGUUGAAGUUACUGAAAGAGAAAGAGUCUGAGACCGAGGUGGCUUUGGCUUCUUUAAACGCUGAGCUCCAAAAGAACAUGUCAAAGAUCGCAAAAGCUGAAAAGGUAGUGGAGCAGAGCUCAAUGUCAGGCUUGACCCCGGUGGUAAGUAGUGGUGGAGGGAGGAAGAUGACGGAGAGGAAAGUGGUGAAGAAGAAACCGAUAAUUCCUCUUCUGGGAGACUUGUUUUCAAAGAAAAAAGGGAAAUCAAAUUCUUCUAUGCUAAAUCCACUGUAUACAUCUUCUCAGAUGCACUGGAAUUGAAAACUUGAGGCGUUAUAAGUUUCUUGCAUGCAUGUAUGCAUUGGUCUAUGAAUAUUCAUUGCAAUCAUUAUAUUUGUAACAUUUAGUGUGAUUUAAAUUGCUAUUACUAGUUAAUUUC